UUUGUUCUAUCCUAGCUUUUAACAUCAAUCCACCUUAACACUCCAGUCAGUUCAGCUUGGUCAGCGACGGAGUGAACUACAACAGACUAUUUCAACUCGUAAUCCAGUUUUGAAAAUCAAGCGGCUUAUCCUCAACAUGUCUCUUUCAAAGCAGAUUAUUUUAAUGGAUGUGAACCUGAAAUUUGAAAUGAAGGGUAGUGUCGAUGGACAUUACUUUGAGUUUGAAGGUGAAGGAAAAGGAAAGCCUUACGAGAAAUCUACUUUUCGUGUCACCAAGGGAGGACCCCUUCCAUUUUCCUUUGACACACUGUCGUCAGCGUUCAAAUAUGGAAAUAGGUGCUUCACGAAUUAUCCUGAGGGCAUGCCCGACUACUUCAAGCAAGCCUUUCCUGCUGGAAUGUCGUAUGAAAGGGCAUUUACAUUUGAGGAUGGAGGAGUUGCCGCAGCCAGUGGACACAUUAGUCUUGAGGGUAAUUUAUUUACUCAAAAAUCCAUGUUUCAUGGCGUAAACUUUCCCGCCAACGGACCCAUAAUGGGAAAGAAGACAAUUGGCUGGGACCCUUCCUUUGAGAAAAUGACCGUCUCCAACAACAUAUUGAGAGGUGAUGUGACCAUGUUCCUACUUCUCAAAGGAGGCGGUUAUCACAGGUGCCAGUUUCACACUUCUUACAAGUAA